CGUAUAAAAUUUAUGUGGACGUGGCAAGGAUAAAGCGUAAAAACAAGGAGCUCAGACUCCGGAGAGCUCUGGUCGACUACACACAUUUGCCGGCUCUACGCCGCACCACCCAAUGUCUACCUUGAAAAUAACACCGUCGGCAAUGGCACUUCCCGCCUCGAUUAAACAACUAGCCUGCCUUCGUCGUUUACCUCGAACUGGUAAUGUCUUCUCCGUCCGCCUGACCCGUUUCAGGAGGGGAUUCGCUGUCAAUGCAAUGUCUGAGGCAACGGAUCCUGUUCAAGUCUGCGCUAAGGCAUCCUUUACCGUUCCCAACAAGCUUGGAGAUUGUCCUUUUACGCAAAGAGUUUUGUUGACUCUCGAGGAAAAGCAUCUGCCAUACGAUCUGAAGUUGGUUGACUUAAGGAAUAAACCAGAGUGGUUCUCAGAUGUAAGCCCAGAAGGUAAAGUUCCUGUGGUUCUGAUUGAUGAGAAGUGGAUUCCAGAUUCAGAUGUUAUCACUCAGGCCCUUGAAGAGAAGUUCCCCAAUCCAUCACUAAAAACACCCCCAGAGAGGGCUUCUGUCGGAUCAUAUAUUUUCCCCAAGUUUAUUGGUUUCCUUAAAAGCAAUGACACUGGCGAUGGAUCGGAACACACAUUACUGGAAGAGCUUACUGCCUAUGAUGAUUACCUUAAAGAAAAUGGCCCAUUCAUCAAUGGGAAAUUAGUGUCUGCUGCGGACUUAUCACUGGGACCAAAGCUGUAUCACAUGGAGAUUGCUCUGGGGUACUACAAGAAGUGGUCAGUCCCAGAUUCACUUGUCUGUGUUAAGUCAUACAUGAAGGACAUAUUCUCCCGAGACUCUUUUGUAAAAACGAGGGCUUUGGACGAUGAUAUUAUUGAAGGUUGGAGAUCAAAAGUUGAGGGGUAGAUAGAAGUUCGAGACUCGAAGUCUUUUGCUACAUUUGGGUUAGAUUACAACCCAAGUCAUUUGUAUACACCGAGAAAGUUAGCAACUCUGCUGCCACCCUAGCUCAUUUGUCUUGAUGGUUUUGACAAUAUCAAAUGUAGCCUCCACAUUACCACAUACGUAGUAUACAUUUUUAAACAUGUAUGUUUUCAAUGCUUGUGACAAAUAUGUCAAGUAUACUCUCGGUGACUUGCGAGUUGCAAGAGUGCAACUACUUUUCUACAUUUGCUUCAAAUUCACAAUAAUGAUAAAAUGGUGAUUUCGCUCCAAACUGGUCAAUAAGGUGGCG